GCACGAGGCUAUGCAGAAGGCCAAGAAGAUGGUAGAGGAACAGCACGAGGUUCUGGAGAAGGCCACGACCAAGUACAACGAGCUGCAGCAAGCCCGCAAUGGCGGCAAGGAGGUGAAGAAGCGCAGGAAGAGCAAGCCCCGCACCAGCCUGCGGCGCAACACUCCCCAGAGCCAAGCGAUCAUGAGCGCCCUGGAGGAGAAGAAGAAGGCGCAGCAAUCCCUGCAGGAGGCCCUUAUUAAGGUGAAAUGCGACGCAGACUUCCAGCGGGCCGUGGAAAUUGAGGCGCAGCAGGCGACGUGGCGCUUCGGGCAAGACUUCAACACCGACAGCCUUUCUGAUCGGAAGGACGGCACAGGCUCCGCCACUUCGUUGGGCUCCAACGGCAACCCUGUGCAGGCGUGUAAGCGCAUGUUCUUCUCGCUGGUGAACAAGAUGGGCAUGAAGGGCAAGCCGCCGCCAAAGCCAUCGGCCAAAGCAGCAGGCGGCCCGAAGGCCAAGGCGAGCAAGAAGAAGCUCAACGCGGAAGACAUACAGAAGGCCCUGGAUCUCGCGGUGGUCCAGCUGAAGAGCAGCGUGAGGGGGCAACAGCCACAGGCGGUCUUUAAACAGCUGGACGUAAAACAGAAUGGAACAGUCACGCCCCUGGAGUUCGCACACUUCAUUCAGAAGACAGUCCAGGGAGUCAGCAAAACGCAGGUUGGUGGGCUUUGGCGCUUGGCAGACAGAAACUGCGACGGCAAGUUGGAUUUGCAGGAGUUUUCAGACCUUCUGAGCAUGAAGCCCUGAUGCAAUUUGGCCGGGACCAUGAGAGCCUGGG